AUGUCUCAGCCCGGUGGAAAAAAGGGCGCAAAAGGAGGCGGUAAGAAGGCAACCGCACAAAUAACCUCCUUAACUUCUCAUAACGUCAAAGAACCGACUACAGCUGCCAACAACGGUCACGAUGACGAUAAAAUUGACGCUGGACCAUCAGACUCGGGAGCAGGGAAAGAUGAUAAUGGAGCUUCAAAAAAUGGUGAUGAUAAAGCUAAUGGAGCAGAUACGCCUUCGAAGCCCCAAAGUGCGGGAGCAGUCACGAGAGAUGGGGCGCAGAAGGUGCUUAUGUUGUGCCAAAAGGGGGAAUGGACCCCCUUGGACAAUGCGCUUAAGGCUUUGGAAAAAGCAGUGGCGGCGGCAGGGGAAGAAGCUAAUCUUACGCCGCUUGCGGGGGUUGCUGAUUCGGCAACCGGAAUGACACCUCUUAUGUAUGCAGUUAAAGAAAACAGAACACCUGUAAUAGAUCGUUUGAUAGAAUUGGGUUCAGAUGUCGGAGCCAGGAAUAAUGACAAUUACAACUGCCUGCACUUGGCUGCAAUGCACGCGCGAGAUGACCUGGUCAAACUGCUUUUAUCCAAGAGGGGUGUCGACCCUUAUGCAACAGGCGGGACAAAGCAACAGACGGCUGUGCAUUUAGUGGCCACGCGACAGACAGGCAUCGCCACGAAUAUCCUGAGAGCGUUGUUGACGGCUGCCGGAAAAGACAUCAGAACAAAAGCUGACGCCCGCGGCAAGAUACCGCUGCUGCUGGCGGUCGAAGCGGGAAACCAGUCCAUGUGCAGGGAGCUCCUGGGGGCACAGACGGCGGAACAACUCAAGGCCACGACGGCGAACGGAGACACGGCGAUACAUUUGGCUACGCGUAGACGCGAUGUGGAAAUGCUACGGAUUCUGGUGGACUACGGGGCUGGUGUCGACGUCCAGAACGGCGAAGGUCAGACUGCGCUGCAUUUGGCAGCAGCCGAAGGAGACGAAUUACUGGUUAAAUAUUUUUAUGGAGUACGAGCUUCGGCCUCCAUAGUUGACCAUCAAGACCGAACUCCAAUGCAUCUAGCAGCAGAAAACGGUCAUGCAAAUGUUAUAGAACUUUUGGCUGACAAAUUUCGGGCUUCCAUAUUCGAAAGGACCAAAGAUGGCAGUACUUUAAUGCACAUAGCAUCGUUAAAUGGACAUGCAGACUGUGCUAUGAUGCUUUUCAAAAAAGGAGUGUAUUUGCACAUGCCGAACAAGGGCGGCGCAAGGAGUAUACAUACUGCAGCUAGAUAUGGUCAUGUGGGCAUAAUAAAUACAUUGCUGCAGAAAGGAGAAAAAGUUGAUGUUACAACGAAUGACAAUUACACGGCCCUCCACAUAGCUGUAGAAGCUGCCAAACCAGCAGUGGUCGAAACCCUUUUAGGUUAUGGAGCAGAAGUUCAUGUCCGAGGCGGUAAACAACGAGAAACUCCGCUGCAUAUUGCCGCUCGUGUUCCUGAUGGUGACCGUUGUGCCCUGAUGCUCCUAAAAUCAGGAGCAGCUCCAAACCAUGCCACUGAAGACGGAUAUACUGCUUUGCAUGUGGCUGCACAACAUGGGAAUUUGGCGACUUUGCUUCUGUUGUUGGAGGAUGGGGGUGAUCCAUUGUGUAAAUCUAAAAAUGGUGAAACACCACUGCAUUUAGCAUGUCGGAGUUGCAAAGCAGAUAUCGUGAAGCAUUUGAUAGAUUUGGUAGAAGCAAAACAUGGAGCAGAAAUAGCCACAAAUUACAUUAAUUUAACAAAUGAUGAAGGUGCGACAGCUUUGCAUUGUGCUUGCAACAUCAGCUCUGACAAGGUUGAAAUACCUGGUUCAGACAAAGAGAUCGUCCGGAUACUUAUAAUGCACGGAGCAGAUGUAUCACUUGUAACCCGUCCUGGUCAAGAAUCAGCGUUUCAUUACUGUGCAAUGGCGGGAAACAAUGAUAUCAUGUCAGAGAUGAUUGCUCACAUGUCAGCCACCGAUAUCCAAAAAGCCAUGAAUAGACAAUCUGCAGCAGGUUGGACGCCAUUGCUAAUCGCCUGCAACAGGGGUCAUAUGGAAUUAGUUAAUAAUCUUUUGGCAAAUCAUGCGAGGGUAGACGUUUUUGAUAUUGAAGGCAGAUCUGCUUUACAUCUGGCAGCAGAACAUGGUUACCUCCAGGUUUGUGAUGCUUUGCUGACGAAUAAAGCAUUUAUUAAUUCAAAGUCUCGAGUUGGACGAACAGCUCUUCAUUUAGCUGCAAUGAAUGGUUUUGCGCAUUUAGUUCGAUUUUUAAUUCGGGAUCAUAAUGCUGUGAUAGAUAUUUUAACACUGAGGAAACAAACGCCGCUUCACCUUGCUGCUGCUAGUGGCCAACUUGAAGUUUGCAAGUUACUCCUUGACCUCGGAGCUAAUAUAGAUGCAACCGACGAUUUAGGUCAAAAGCCCAUUCACGUAGCCGCGCAAAAUAAUUUUUCAGACGUUGCCAAAUUAUUUCUCCAAAGACAUCCAGUAUUAGUGACAGCUACGAGUAAGGAUGGAAAUACAUGUGCCCAUAUAGCAGCCAUGCAAGGAAGUGUUCGUGUGAUAGAAGAAUUGAUGAAGUUUGAUAGGAACGGAGUGAUUUCUGCUCGAAAUAAAAUAACAGAUUCAACACCAUUGCAAUUGGCUGCAGAAGGUGGCCACGCAGAGGUUGUCAAAGCUUUAGUUAGAGCUGGAGCAUCAUGUACCGAAGAAAACAAAGCUGGUUUUACAGCUGUUCAUCUUGCUGCUCAAAAUGGACAUGGUACUGUUUUAGAAGUUAUGAGAUCAACAAACUCUUUGAGAAUAUCUAGUAAAAAGUUAGGAUUAACACCUUUGCAUGUUGCUGCUUAUUUUGGACAAGCAGAUACCGUUCGUGAAUUGUUAACUCAUGUACCUGGAACUGUAAAAUCUGACGCUCCAACGGGGACUUCACUAGUUGGUGAAUUAGGUGCAGAAUCUGGAAUGACUCCACUUCAUCUUGCAGCUUAUUCAGGAAAUGAAAACGUCGUCAGAUUACUUCUGAAUUCUGCCGGUGUGCAAGUGGAUGCUGCUACAACUGAAAAUGGUUACAAUCCUUUACAUCUGGCAUGUUUUGGAGGGCACAUGUCCGUGGUAGGUCUUCUUCUGAGUAGAUCUGCAGAACUUCUACAUAGUGCAGAUAGACAUGGCAAAACUGGUCUCCAUAUAGCUUCUACUCAUGGUCAUUAUCAAAUGGUAGAAGUUUUAUUGGGACAAGGGGCUGAGAUCAACGCGACAGACCGAAAUGGCUGGACGCCCUUGCAUUGUGCCGCAAAAGCUGGAAGAUUAGAGGUUGUUAAGUUGUUAUGUGAAUCAGGAGCAUCGCCAAAAAGUGAAACAAAUCACGGCUGCGCUCCUAUUUGGUUUGCAGCUUCCGAAGGUCACAAUGAAGUUUUAAAGUACCUAAUGACUAAAGAGCAUGACACCUAUGGUCUCAUGGAAGAUCGUAGAUUUGUAUAUAACUUAAUGGUCUGCUCAAAAAACCAUGGAAAUAAACCGAUAGAAGAAUUUGUCCUGGUUAGCCCAGCACCAGUGGACACAGCUGCCAAAUUGUCAAAUAUUUAUAUGAAUUUAUCAACUAAGGAAAAAGAACGGGCCAAAGAUUUAAUUGCAGCAGGAAAGCAAUGCGAAACGAUGGCGACUGAAUUAUUAGCUUUAGCUGCAGGAGCAGAUUCUGCUGGUAGGGUAUUGACAUCAACAGAUCGAAUGAAUACAGAAUUUUUGGACGUGCUCAUCGAAAAUGAACAAAAGGAAGUUAUUGCUCAUACAGUUGUACAGAGGUAUCUUCAGGAACUCUGGCGAGGAUCACUCACCUGGCCGGCGUGGAAAAUCAUGUUGCUGUUUUUCGUUUUCAUCAUAGUGCCACCAGUUUGGGUGGUUUUUACUUUACCAUUAGGGCACAAAUAUAAUAAAGUACCAAUAAUUAAAUUCAUGUCUUAUUUGACAUCGCACAUAUACCUGAUGAUACAUCUUAUGAUCGUUGGCAUUACACCUAUUUAUCCAGUCGUCCGAGCUAGUCUUCUACCAUAUUGGUAUGAAUGGGGACUUUUAAUAUGGCUCAGUGGUUUACUUUUGUUUGAACUUACAAAUCCAAGUGAUAAAUCAGGAUUGGGUUCAAUAAAACUGAUGGUAUUGCUUUUUGGAAUUUGUGGUGUUGGUGUGCAUCUAUCGGGGAUAGUAUUUGUAGAAAAACAAUACUGGGCAACAUUGAUGUAUUGUCGAAACCAAUGCUUCGCACUAUCAUUUCUUCUGGCUUGUGUGCAGAUUCUAGAUUUUUUAUCCUUCCAUCACCUUUUUGGACCCUGGGCUAUAAUCAUUGGAGAUUUGCUCAAAGACUUGGCAAGAUUUCUUGCUGUGUUAGCAAUCUUCGUGUUUGGUUUCUCCAUGCACAUUGUCGCGCUGAAUCAGCCUUUUGAGAAUAAAUUGUCUCCAGAUGCCAUAAGAAAAUUAAAUCGACAGGAUAAAGGAUAUUUUAGCGACGGUUCUAAGGAGAGAGUGCCUCGAUCUACUGAUGCAGAAUGGUUGCCUGAUUGGCAUAAUACCACUAGAACCUAUUAUUACGGACACUAUCGACGAAAGCACAGACCAGGGACCAAGAUGACCCCGAUAGAUGCAUUCGAGAAGCUCUUCUUUGCUGUUUUUGGGCAGACAACACCUGAUGACCUCAACUACGUCCCUGAGAGCAGACCCGAAUGGACCCAAGCUUUAUUCAAAAUUGUUUUUGGAGUUUAUAUGCUCGUCAGCGUUGUAGUUCUUAUAAAUCUUCUCAUUGCUAUGAUGUCUGAUACAUAUCAACGCAUACAGGCUCAAUCUGAUAUCGAAUGGAAGUUUGGAUUAUCAAAACUAAUUCGAAAUAUGCAUCGGACGAGUACUGCACCUUCACCACUAAAUCUUAUAACCACAUGGUUCAUAUGGAUAGUGAACGCUUGCAAGAUGAAGAUGACCAAGAAAAAGAAACCGAGUUUAAUUCAUAUGAUGAGCGGAAUGCAGAGGUCGCAGGGAAGUCCGAGGACAAAAGCUGGUGCCAAAUGGUUAUCUAAGGUGAAGAAAGGACAAGUUGGACCAAAAGGAGAGCCUGUAGCCCUCUCAGUCGUCCACCUGAGUCCACUCGGAUCUCAGGUGAGUUUUACUGCAAAUACGAUGCGCAUAGAAAACGUCGCCGAUUGGGAGGCAAUUUCAAAAAGGUACCGAACUUUGUGGGGACUUGAUCCAGAGGAAUCUUCCAUCAAGGAAUCUGAAGACACAACGUCUAUGGUCACUGAAACUGCAGGACAUAAUAAUAUUAAUGCUGUUAAUGCUAUCAAUCCUAUGAACGCUAUUACGACGGCAACUACUUAA